AUGGCAUCCACUAAUCAAUUCAACGACGAAUCAAUCGAUAGACACCCAGAUCUAGAGACAGUGGGCUCAAGUGACAUAGGAGGAACAAACCCCUUGCCGGAUACCAACAAGAUCGAGCUGACACAGUCUGCCGCCUACGACGAGCUGGGAUAUAGCUAUCCUUGUUGGAGAAAAUGGCAAAUCCUCUGUGUGAUGUUUUGUAUCCAAAUAUCAAUCAACCUGAACGCAAGUCUGUACGCGAACGGCGUCGCGGCGAUUUCGAAGGAGCACAAUGUUAGCGAACAAGUCGCGAGAAUUCCCCAGCUAACCUUUCUCUGCGCCUACGCCUUUGGAUGCGAGCUUUGGGCUCCUUGGAGUGAGGAACUAGGGCGAUGGCCAACCCAACAAUUGAGUCUUUUCCUCGUGAACAUCUGGCAAUUACCAUGUGCCCUUGCUCCCAACUUUGCGACGUAUAUUGUUGUCCGGUUGCUUGGGGGAUUGAGUACAGCCGGUGGCUCGGUGACACUGGGAGUGAUUGCAGAUAUGUGGGAGCCCGAUGAUCAGGAAUAUGCUGUCGCGUUCCUCGUCUUAUCGUCCGUUGGAGGAUCAGUCGUUGGAGCCGUCGUUGGUGGAUUCGUAGAAGACCGCCAUCCACUGGCCUGGAUUUUCUGGGUUCAGCUCCUGGCUGGUGGAUGUGUUCAAAUCAUGCACUUCUUCCUGGUACCGGAAACGAGAGCUACCAUUAUCCUCGAUAGGGUAGCGAAGAGGAGACGCAAGGCCGGACCAGGGAAAGUCAACAUUUGGGGUCCGCACGAAAUUCACGGUUUCGAGCUCUCCCCACAUGAAGUCUGGAGAGUAUGGAAACGACCAUUCGUUAUGCUAUUCACUGAGCCCAUUGUCCUUUGGCUUUCGCUACUCAGCGGGUUCAGCGAUUCUUUGAUCUUUACAUUUCUCCAAGGGUUUCAACCAGUCUACAAACAGUGGGGCUUUGGGACGAUUCAAAUAAGUCUUGCAUUUCUACCGCUGCUUAUAGGUUAUUUCCUCGCGUACCUGUCAUUCUUGCCCUCGAUCCAUAUGUUUAGACAAAAAAGACGAAAAAACGGUUCCGAAUCAGUGCCUCCAGAAGCACGAUUAUGGUGGUUGCUAUACGUCAUACCCUGUCUGCCUAUUGGCCUUUUUGGCUUCGCAUGGACAACUCUGGGCCCACCGAAUGUCCAUUGGAUUGCGCCUAUGAUAUUCACCAUGGUAAUAGGCAUUGCUAAUUAUUCUAUCUACCAAUCUUCCAUUGACUACACCGUUGCUGCAUACGGAGAAUAUGCAGCUUCUGCUACGGGAGGCAACGACUUCGCGCGCGACUUUCUGGCCGGAAUUGCAGCUAUGUAUUCCACACCAAUGUUUGAGAAUAUUGGUGACAAAUUCCCAUACGCGUAUGCUUCCACAAUCCUUGCUUGCGUCUCGAUACUUGUUACUGCGCCGAUAUAUUACUUCUACCGCAAUGGCCCUAAAAUUCGUGAGCGAUCACCAUUUGCAAAGCAAAUGAUGGAAGUCAACAGGCAACGCCGAAUGUCUCAAGCUGCUAGGGGUGAAAAGGCGGGAGACCCUAGUACGCACGUGGAAAAUAUUUAA